AUGCUCGAGAUUCGCGUGCUCUUCUGGCGCACUGCUCUGAACAUUUUCGUCACCGUUCGCUUUUGGUACUGCACAGUGCUGAGCUUAGCGUUGGCUUUGUUUGGUGGACUAAUCUUCAACAAUGUGUCCGACGACCUUGCCGGAUUCCAAAACCGCAUGGGCGCUUUCUACUUUACGUUGACAUUUUUCGGCUUUACUAGCAUGAGCUCUAUGGACGUGUUCAUCAGCGAGCGUCAGAUUUUCCUUCGCGAAACUGGAGCUAUGUACUACAGAGCAUUUAGCUACUUCCUUGCCAAGACUACAUUGGACGCAGUACUGCUUCGAGUUCUUCCUGCUUCGCUCUUUGCGUCCAUCUUCUACUGGAUUAUGGGAUUGCAAGCUUCAGCGGACCGUUUCUUCUUCUUCGUUCUCGCUGUUGUUCUGUUCAAUGUUGCGGCGGGUUCAAUAAGCCUGCUCGUGGGAGUGAUCGCAAAGAGUGUGGGUUCCGCAAACCUUGGUGCUACCGUAAUUCUUCUGAUAAUGCUGUUGUUUGGUGGCUUCCUGCUCAAUUCUCGUGGUAUUAGUCUCUCGUGA